CACAUGGUUGACAUAUUUUUAUUUUCAACAACAACAACAACAACAACAUUAAUUUUAAUAGGAUAUACCUAUGUUUUAUUAUUUUAAUAUUCGUUUUAUCAAUAACAUUGAAUAAUUGAUUAAUUAUAAAAAUGUCAAUAAUUGAACUUGAUAAACAUACUUCAAGACAAUUAACAACAACACAAGUAAUAACAUCUGUAUUUAGUGUUGUUAAAGAACUUGUAGAAAAUUCAUUAGAUGCUGAAGCAAAUAGUAUUGAAGUUAAUUUAUUUGAUGAAGGUACAAGUUUAAUUGAGGUAAAAGAUAAUGGAAAAGGAAUAACAAAAACAGAUGCUGCUUUUAUGGCUUUACCAUCUUAUACAUCAAAAUUAAAAAAUUUUACUGAUUUUGAAUCAUUGAGAUAUUAUGGUUUUCGUGGUGAAGCAUUAAAUGCCAUGUGUAAUAUAUCAACUGUUAAAAUAAUAACAAGAACUCAAGAUGAUGAUGUUGCUCGUUGUUAUACUAUGAAUUAUAAUGGACACAUACAAAAAGGUGAAAUGUGUUGUCGUACUAUUGGAACAACUGUACAAAUUCAUACAUUAUUUAAAAAUAUACCAGUUAGACGACAAAUUAUUAAAAAUAAAAAAAAAUCAACUCAAGAUUUAAAAUUAAUUGAAAAUUUAUUAAAAGAUUUUGCAAUUUGUCAUGCACAAUUAAGAAUAACAUAUAAAAUUGAUAAUUCAAUUGUUUUUAAUAAAACACCUUGUCAAAAAAUUCAAGAUUGUUUGAUAAAUAUUUAUGGUAAAAAUAUGAUUUCAAAUUAUGAAUUUAUUGAUCAUAAAGAACAACAUACUGAACAUUAUGAUAUUAAAUUAAUUAUUCCAAAAAAUAAUUUUCAUGAUAUUUUACCAUUUUGUCAAAUUAAUUAUCAACAUGUGUUUGUUAACAAUAGACCAGUUACAUUUAAAAAAUAUGAACAGUUGAUUGUUCGUAUAUUAACACAACAUUUUCAUGAUGAUAAAUUACAAGGUAGAAAAAAGCCAGUUUUUUUUUUACUAAUUACUGUUGAUCCAUCUGAUGUUGAUGUAAAUUUGGAGCCAAAUAAAACAGCAGUGUUAUUAAAGGAUAAUGAUAGAAUACUUGAAAAAGUUGAAAAAUUAUUAUUGGAUUAUUAUCAAGUUAAUUUAUCACAAGAUUCACAAGAAAUAAUAAAAGAUGUUGAUGUAUCAUCAACACCAGCUUAUCUUAAUUUUUCAAGUACUGAAGUUGAAGAAAAUACUGAGCCAGUUGCUAAAAAAGCUAAGCUUGAAAAAAAAAAUAGUAUCAGUAAAUCAAUGUCAUCAAAAAGCAAUAAUAAUAAAGAAAAUCAAUGCAAUAAUGCCAUUAGUCCAACGCCAAUCACCAAUGAUGUUGAUGAUGAUGAUGAUAAUAAUGUUUGUCUUGUUGAAAAAAUACAACAACAAAAUCAACAUAAUGAUGAUGAAGAAGAAGAAAGAUUUAGUCAAUUACCCAAGGUUGACAUUGGUGCUGAUUUUACAACUCAAGAAAUUAAAAAAGUUUUAAGUACAAAAUAUCCAGAUGAUAAUAAUCAGUUAAAAGAGUCAAAUGUCAUUAGUACACCAAAAAAAAUAGACAAAUUAAGCUGUCAAAAUGAUGAAAAUUCAAUUAUUAAUUUUGAUGAAGAUUUUUCAGCUCAAGAAAUUAAUGAAAUUCUUCAACAAAAAAAUCCACUUGAUAAAUCAACUGAUAAAAGCUUGAAAGCUUCAAUGGAACAUCUUAAUUCUUCAUUUGAAGAAAUAAGCAUGGAAAAUUUUGAUAAUAAUAGGGAUAAAUUUGAUGGAAUAAGUGAAGUACAAUGGAGCAGGGGUCAACAUCCAAAACAUGCUACAAUGAUUCCAGUUAGUGUAAAAGUUUGUGGACCAAAUGAUAAUUUAGAAAAUGAUGAUGAUGAAGAUGAUGCUUCAGGUGAAAAAAAUAAUAAAGAUGAUGAAAUGAAAGGUGAAAAAAAUACAGCAACAAAUGUAAAAACACCACAGACAUAUGCUGCAGCAAAUAGCCGAGGAUUUAUAUUAUUUUCAAAAAAAUAUAGACCACAAGUUAUUAAAAUGAAUCCUGGUAUAAAUCUUGUUGAGGUUGCUAGAAAAAUAACAUCAAAAUGGAAAGAAAUGACAUCAGAAGAACGUGAAAAUUUUCGUGAACUUGCUAUGAAAAAUAAAUCAAUGAAUGAAUCACAAUAUUUAUCAUCACCAUUAUCAACAACAGCAUUUUCUAAAAAUCCAAAAAUUUCAAAUAAAAAGCUGGCGAGUAAUAAAAAACACAUGUUAAAUUUAAUUACAAAUAUGAAGAAUCAAAAUCAAUCAUCAAGCGAUGAAAAUAAAACUCGUUUAACAAGAAAUAUUGUUAAUUGGCAAAUUAAUUUAACAACUGUAGCAACUAAAUUAAAUGAAAAUAGUAAAAUUAAUGAUAAAAAAAGAGGAGCUGUUGUUGGAUCACUUGGUAAUGACAUUUGGAUUGUCAAAACAAAUUCACAAAUUUGGACAUUAAAUGCAUUUGAGUUGUUUGAUUGUAUCAAUAUUAAUGAUGAUACUGAAACAACAAACAAAAAGGAGGAUCCUGAUUUUAUUGAAUUUUGUUUAAACAGAUGUCUUCAAGAAAAAGAUUUUUUAAAUUGCAUGAAACCAAUAUAUGAUAUAUCUCAUGAAUUUUAAUUUAAAGUCAGUUAAUUAAAAAAUAAUAUUGUGUGUUUUAUAUUAAUAAUAAAAAUAUGUUGUUGAAAAUUAAAUUGUUGUAAAU